GGUCAAAGGGUUGUACUUCCGGUUCGGCGGUAAAGCGUGUGUGGCUGCUUUUGUAGGAACAGACGUUAUUGUGACGAAAAGAUACCAAAACAUUAGGUUUAUACCCCUAUAUUCAGCACCAAUUUAAACAGAAAUGAGUUUACCUCUGAAUCCAAAGCCAUUCCUAAAUGGCCUGACAGGGAAGCCAGUAAUGGUGAAACUGAAGUGGGGUAUGGAGUAUAAGGGCUACCUGGUGUCUGUGGAUGGGUACAUGAACAUGCAGCUGGCAAACACAGAAGAGUAUGUGGAUGGUGCAUUGGCAGGACAUCUGGGAGAGGUGCUUAUCAGAUGCAAUAAUGUCUUGUACAUCAGAGGUGUAGAAGAAGAGGAAGAGGAUGGAGAAAUGAGAGAGUGAUGUUAGUGAAGAUGAUUCGGCCUGUUUUCUGUCUUGAGUGUGAUUCAACCUUGUAGUUGAGUUGAUGUGUGUUUGUGUUUUCACCAUGUGAGACAAAUGAACGUCUGGGGUCUGGGUUAUUUUUCAAGCAUUUUUUUUUACUGUAUGUGGGGCCAAUUUUAUGUUAUAACAUUGUGAUAACGACACAAUAAAUGACUAUUGUAAUCUUU